UUCCAAGGGUCGUCGGGGCGGGACAACCCGUCCUUGUUCCACCGUCGGUCAUUCCAGGCCGGGCGCAGCCGGAGCCUGAGGAUGGAGGGCGACAUCCUCGCCCCCAGGCUCGACCGCCGGUACAGCGUCAACGACCGCGUCAUGUACGGCAGCAGGCCGAGCGACUACCAAGCCAACUACCACCGGUGGGAGGACGAGAACAACGACGGCGAGUCGCCCAGCACGGUGUUCUCGCCGAUGUCGUAUGGGUACGGCAAUGCGCCGCCGUACGUGGAAGAAACCAAUGGGACGGCUGCUGGCCACACGAGGUACUGCCUUGUUGCAAGCAAGCAAAUGGUUGGGUUGUUCCUCAUGGUUUGGGCUAGGAGAGAAAUAAAGAGUGACAUACGGAAUCUCAAGGUCUCUUGUGUCGGCAGAGGAUUGAUGGGGUAUCUUGGAAACAAGGGCUCGAUUUCCGUUAGCAUGCUAUUGCACCAAACGAGCUUCUGCUUCGUCUGCAGUCACCUGACAUCAGGGCACAAGGACGGCGACGAGCACCGCCGAAAUUCUGAUGUCAUGGAAAUCCUGAGAAAAACCAGGUUUCCAAUGGUUUAUGGGCAAUAUGAAAGAUCGGCUGAAACUGUCCUAGAGCAUGAUCGAAUCGUUUGGCUUGGGGACCUGAAUUACCGGAUAGCGCUUUCUUACCGGGCAGUGAAGGCCCUUGUGGAGAUGCGCGACUGGAAAGCAUUGUUAGAGAAAGAUCAGCUGAGGAGCGAGCAAAGAGGCGGCCGCGUCUUCCCCGGGUGGAAUGAGGGGAGGAUAUACUUCCCGCCGACAUACAAAUACUCGAAUAACUCUGACAAAUAUGCAGGGGAAGACAUGAAUCAGAAGGAGAAGAAGAGAACACCUGCAUGGUGCGACCGUAUUUUGUGGUACGGGAGAGGCCUUAGCCAACUAUCCUAUGUCCGGGGAGAGUCGCGCUUCUCUGACCAUAGACCUGUGUACAGCAUGUUCAGUGCAGAAGUAGAGUCCAUCAAUCACAGCCGGAUACAGAAGAUGAGUUCUUCAAGCUCGCAACUCGACAUCGAGGAAUUGCUGCCCUAUUCAUAUGGGUACACCGACAUCAACCCGUAUGGAUACACUGAUCUUAAUUUCUACUAGAGUGGAAUUCAGAACGAGCCUUCAUGCCUCAUGGGAUUGGGAGGUACACUUGAGAAAUUGUAAGCCCAGUGCUGAGCCUGAAUUGCGUUGCAACGUCAGUCUUUGUUGACAACAGAGGAUAGCGUAUGCGGUGAAGCCAAUUGGUGCUCUUUUUUGCAGUAUAAACCAAGUUAGGAAGAGAUUGCAGGCAGCAGAAAGUGAGAUGUUUCACUGACUCCAUACAGAUAAAAUGAUAACAGAAAAUAACAUACCUUACAUAACUCAUACAAUGGGCAGGUAGUAUCAGCCGUUGUCCCAUCUGAAAUCCAAUCUGUGACUUCGGCCAAAGCAGAUAUAUGCUGCCAGAUAGAAAUGGCGAGUGUUUCCCAGAAUUUUUUCCUGUACAUUGUAAGACAAUUUCUUCCAUUAUUUUUGGUUGCUGUGAGAAAACGACAAGACUCGCGUCGUGAGAUCCUUGUUUUUCUUGGCUUUUGAGAGCUGUAAAAAAGAUCAUGAAUGCAUGCAGUGUUUAUACUCAUUUUUCUGGAUGGAAUAGAGAAGCAGG